CUAAGAAGCCGAUUUGAAGAAGAGCUUGUCAAGGGAUAGUCCAUGUCAUGAUGUGGGGUGACAGAUUCCCGGUAUCAGCUUCUACCGACCUCCCCGUGGAGUCAUUGUGUCUCCAGGAAAGAAUCUUGCAGCUUCCGGUUUGGGUUUGGAGAAGGCCAAGUGGGCCAUGGGUCAGGAUCCUCUCCCUUGAUACGAAGGCUUCUCUAGCAUGUGGAGAGGGCCAAACGUGAACUGUGUGGACAGCAGCGGCUACACCCCACUCCACCACGCUGCUUUGAAUGGCCACAGGGAUGUGGUUGAGGUUCUUCUGAGGAACGACGCGCUGACCAAUGUUGCUGACUCGAAAGGCUGCUACCCACUGCACUUGGCAGCGUGGAAGGGAGACGCCCAGAUAGUACGCCUGCUCAUCCACCAAGGGCCCUCGCACACCAGAGUCAACGAACAGAAUGCUCUUGAGAUCAAAGAACUCAAAAAGUACGGCCCCUUUGACCCUUAUAUCAAUGCCAAGAACAACGACAACGAGACCGCCCUGCAUUGUGCAGCGCAGUACGGCCACACGGAGGUAGUGAAGGCGCUGUUGGAGGAGCUCACAGACCCCACCAUGCGCAACAACAAAUUCGAAACACCUCUGGACUUGGCAGCGCUCUACGGGCGGCUGGAGGUGGUGAAGAUGCUGCUGAGUGCACACCCCAACCUCCUGAGCUGCAGCACUAGGAAGCACACCCCCUUACACUUGGCCGCACGGAACGGCCACAAGGCUGUGGUGCAGGUCCUGCUGGACGCCGGCAUGGAUAGCAACUACCAGACGGAGAUGGGCAGCGCUUUGCAUGAGGCUGCUUUGUUUGGCAAGACCGAUGUGGUGCAAAUUCUGCUAGCUGCAGGGAUCGACGUGAACAUAAAGGACAACCGUGGACUGACUGCCCUCGACACGGUGCGGGACCUGCCUUCUCAGAAGAGCCAGCAGAUAGCCGCCCUAAUAGAAGAUCACAUGAUCGGGAAAAGACGUGUGAAAGAAGUAGAUAAGACCUCCACAGCCCAGCUACCUCUCCUCUCAGGCACAGACGCCACAGCACCAAAGUCUCAGGGGAAUGCGGAGAAAGCAGUAACUGAACUGGUCAUUGAUUUUGACACACAUGCUGAGGAGGAGGGUCCCUAUGAGGCACUGUACAAUGCUGUGUCCUGCCACUCCCUGGACAGCACGGCCAGUGGGCGAUCAUCUGACCGAGAUUCUGUGAACAAGGAGGCCGAGGCCAUGGGAGGAAGAGCUGCUGGAGUGAGGCCUAGAGAACGUCCACCGCCUCCAGCAAAGCCGCCACCUGAUGAAGAGGAGGAAGAGCGUGUAGAUAAGAAGUAUUUGCCCUUGACAGCCUCUGAGGGCCUGGCUGUGAGACCCAGGAUUCAGAGCAGUUUCCCCCAGGAAGAAGAGGAGGAGGAACACCCAUAUGAGCUGCUGCUCACAGCAGAGACCAAGAAGCUGGGCGUCACGGACGGAAGGACGAAAGACCACAGGCGGAGCAGCAUCAGCCGGAGCCAGGACUCUGUGGAGGGGCAGGACGGGCAGGUCCCGGAGCAGUUCUCAGGUCUCCUCCACGGCUCCUCCCCAGUGUGUGAGGUGGGGCAGGACCCUUUCCAGCUGCUUACUGCCCCCAGCCAGACCCACCCAGAGUCCCCCCAGCAAGACGCCUGCCACGAGGCCAGCAUGCAGCUAGAGGAGCCGGGCGUGCAAGGCACUGGAAACCCUCAGCCCGGCGUCCUGGACCAAAGCAAGCGAGUGGGCUUCCCAGCAGGCCUGACUGCCCCAGCCAGCCGAGCACACCUCCAGACUUUGACUCACACAGUACCUCUGCACCCUGCUGGUGCCGAGGAAGAAGACGAGCAGAGCUCCGCCAGAAGCCGAGCCCCUCCCACCAGCAAGCCCAAAGCUGAGCUCAAACUCAGCCGCAGUUUGUCUAAGUCUGACUCUGACCUCCUGACCUGCUCCCCCACGGAGGAUACUACGAUGGGGAGUCGCAGUGAGUCUCUGUCCAACUGCAGCAUUGGGAAGAAGAGGCUGGAGAAGUCACCUUCGUUUGCCUCUGAGUGGGAUGAGAUUGAGAAAAUCAUGAGCUCCAUUGGAGAAGGCAUUGACUUUUCUCAGGAACAGCAGAGGAUCUCAGGUUCUCGUACGCUGGAGCAGAGCGUCGGGGAGUGGCUGGAGUCAAUUGGCUUGCAGCAGUACGAGAGCAAGUUGCUGCUGAAUGGCUUUGAUGAUGUCCACUUCCUGGGGUCAAAUGUGAUGGAAGAGCAGGACCUGAGGGAGAUUGGUAUCAGUGACCCACAGCACCGGCGGAAGCUGCUGCAGGCCGCACGCUCCCUGCCCAAGGUGAAGGCUCUUGGCUAUGAUGGAGUCAGCCCCCCCUCGGUGUCCUCCUGGUUGGACUCACUGGGGCUGCAGGACUACAUCCACUCCUUCCUGUCGAGCGGCUACAGCUCCGUGGAUGCUGUGAAGAACCUCUGGGAGCUGGAGCUUGUCAACGUCCUGAAGGUUCAUCUGCUGGGCCACCGAAAGCGCAUCUUCGCCUCUCUUGCAGAAAGGCCCUAUGAGGAGCCCCCACAAAAGCCCCCGAGGUUUUCCCAGCUAAGAUGCCAGGAUUUAAUCUCCCAGACAUCAUCCCCGCUGAGCCAGAACGAUUCCUGUACAGGGCGGUCAGCAGACCUGCUGCUGCCCUCAAUAGAAACUAGCAGGAGGCGUCACGACAGCCCAUACGACCCUGGGGCAGCCUGUCGAGCAGAGCACUUCAGAGUCCAGGAGGAGCCCAGCGAGACCAAGCUGACCCUCCGCCCGCCCAGCCUGGCUGCACCGUAUGCUUCAGUGCAGAGCUGGCAGCACCAGCCAGAAAAGCUCAUCUUUGAGUCCUGUGGAUAUGAGGCCAAUUAUCUGGGCUCCAUGCUGAUCAAAGAUCUGCGAGGGACAGAAUCCACACAAGAUGCCUGUGCCAAAAUGCGGAAAUCUACCGAACACAUGAAGAAGGUCCCCACCAUCAUCCUGUCCAUCACAUACAAAGGGGUCAAGUUCAUCGAUGCUUCCAACAAGAAUGUCAUUGCUGAGCACGAGAUCCGGAACAUUUCUUGUGCUGCGCAGGACCCAGAGGACCUGUGUACCUUUGCCUACAUCACCAAGGACCUGCAGACUGGCCACCACUACUGCCAUGUCUUCAGCACAGUGGAUGUGAACCUCACCUACGAGAUCAUCCUGACCCUGGGGCAGGCAUUUGAGGUGGCCUAUCAGCUGGCCCUUCAGGCCCAGAAAUCCAGGACCAUGGGGGCCUCUGCAACUGCAAUGAUUGAGACAAAAUCUUCCAAACCUGUGCCUAAGCCUCGGGUCGGCGUGAGGAAGUCUGCACUGGAACCACCUGAUUCGGACCAGGAGGCCCCAUCCCACGCUAGUGUUUCCUGGAUUGUGGACCCAAAGCCAGACUCUAAGCGGAGCCUCAGCACCAAGUAUGAGACCACUAUCUUCUAAACAAACAGCCACCCUGUCUCCACUACCCCCACUGUGCCUUUGCCACCCGAUCGUUCUGCUGUCUCAACUCUCCUUCCGGCUGCCGCCACCAAGGCCCCACCUCCAUGGGCCCUGCCCUCCUGCAGCAGUUCUAGACAUUCCUCCACUCACAGCUCCUGCUUACACCACCCAACACUGUGACUCCUCCCUUUGGGCUCAGGACAGCUCGGGGUGACUUGCCUUUCAAAGGGGCACCAGAAGGGUUCUGAGGCCCCCCAGAGCCUCUGCAACAGGCACUGGGAGGUGAGGAGAGGGGUGGCUUCCAGUGGGACCCCGAGAGCCCCCAGCAAGGUUGCUUUCCUCUCCUGGGCCACAGCUGGUUGGUAAAAGCCACCAGUGUCCACCUUUGCUGACCCGCCCACCACUGUGACCACCCAGUGCCAGGGUACCCUGCUAUCAGGUGCUGCUUUCUCACCUGGUCAGGCCCAUGAUGUGGCUUCGCCAGGGGAAGACUUUCUGUAAGGGUGAAGUUGGUACCAGCCACACUCUCGCGCACGUCCAAACAACAGGUUCCUAAGUGACCUGUGUGUGCUUGGCCCCUUUCUGUACUGUGGGCCCUGGUUCUGGAGUCUGACUCAUCGAGGCAUGCCCUGAGCACAAGUGCGCCUUCUUCUUCUCAGAGUGGAGCUGCCCGUGCACAGGGCAGAGACUGCGCAGCGUUCUCAUACUCCCACGGUGGUGGGGACCU